GUUUGCAGCAAGAGCUAAGCUGAGGCCGAGACUAAAUCAAACAACUCUCUCUCAAUUUCCGUUAGCCUUUGGCCAUGGAUUUGCAGGCCUAUCGUCGCUGCAUUGGCCAGCAGCUGGAGGAGUUAGAUCUGCUGAGUUCCAUUUACUGUGCGGCGGGUGAGCUGCAGUUGCUCGAUGCUGGGGUCGUUGCUGACUUCAGCGAGUUUUUGCAGUCGGAGUCAGAGACGUCGUUGCGGUCCCACUUGGAGUACAUCAUCCGGCUGCCUGUGACUGCCAAGCAGUGCGUGGACGUGCGCAUCGAGUUGCCGCAUUUGUACCCGCAGCUGGAGCUGGCCAGGAUUAGUGUGCACACCCCGCUGCUAGGCAAGAUCAAGGAGCAGCACUUGAAGCUGCAGAUUGAUAAAUAUUUGCUGGAACAGCGCCAGGCAGAGGAGCCCUACAUAUUUCAGCUGCUCAGCUGGUUGCAAGAACAGAUUGAAGCCCUGAUGAGCUGCACGUCCAGCGAACUGGAGUCCCCGCCAUCGGAGGAAUCAAAGGAUCCAAAAGGCAUGCAGCUAGAACGGCUUUGGAUAUACUCGCAUCAUAUCAAGUCGAGCGCCAAGCGGCAGGAGCUCAUGCGUCAGGCACGGCAGCUGCAGCUCACCGGAUUCAGCAGACCCGGCAAGCCGGGCAUCAUCUGCGUGGAGGGCGAGCCGGAAAACGUGCAGGAAUAUUGGCGCAGUAUCAAGGCCCUGCGCUGGCAGAAGAUUAGCCUGGUGCGCACCGAGCCGUGCCGCAAGCGCCGCUUCGAGCAAUUCACUGAGCAACUGUUCAAUUCGUCAGCCGCUGUCGGCGAGGAGGGCGUCAUUAACAUGGGCCAGUUCAUUAGGUUUCUUGAGGAUCAUGGCACGGGCUACAUGAAAUCUGAGUUGUUUGGUUUAGCCUAAGCUUCUCGAAUGGAUCAAAAUUCAACUGCAAAUACUGUAAAUAAAUUCUGUUGUUUAUAUUUUCUAAAG